GGGAGAAAAAGAGGGCAGGAAGCUGCCUCCGCCUCCGCCAGCAGAGUGGUCCGCUCCUCCGUUUUCGAGCAAAGAAGGAAGAGAGGUGGCAAGUAUGGUGGUUUCGGAUUGUCUGGGUCGCCCGGCAGCCUAUCUCGGGGGGGCGCUUAUUGCACUCCUUGUGUCGGGCUUAGCUCAGCCCCAUGAUACAUCCAGACGGCCUCUGUGGAACUUAAAAAUGGAUCAAGCUUUAUUACGAAUUCAUAAUGAAUUGCUCAUUGACAACUUGUCCAUUUAUUGGGUCUCAGAUUAUUGCUAUAAGUGUUUGGAACAGGAGCUGAUUUCUGUCCAGAUGAACAGAACAUCCAAAGAAACUCACUUUGUAGCUAUUGAUACUCAGCAUGCCCUCACGCUGAAGGUCAAUGAUUCUAAAGAAGGAAAAGAAUUGUGCAGGAUUCAUUAUCAUUUUGGAGAAUAUGGAAACUAUUCUUUAAGGAUUAGGCAUCUCCAGAGUAACAUUAUGAACGUUACGUGUGAUAUAAUUAUCAGUCAAAGUCCUCUCAACAGCUAUCUCCCUAUUUUAUUUGCAUUUCUCAUCUACGUGGGUAUUUUCAUUAUUCUGAUGAUUGGAAAGAUUUUCAUAAACACUGAACGAGUAAGAAAUUGGUUCUUCAAAAAGAUGGAUCCUAGAGAAACUGAUCGACUUAUUAAUUCAGAACUUGGAUCCCCAAGUAGAACAGAUUCCAUUGGUGGUGAAUUCCCAAUAGGAGUAUGGAACACUACUUCCUCUCUACCGAGACUUCGUUCCCUGGAUACCUUCAGAGGCCUGGCACUUACAAUUAUGGUCUUUGUGAAUUAUGGUGGAGGAAAAUACUGGUUCUUCAAGCAUCAGAGCUGGAAUGGCUUAACAGUAGCAGACCUCGUCUUUCCAUGGUUUGUAUUUAUUAUGGGCACCUCUGUUUCACUGUCUCUCAGUGCUAUGUUGAGACGGGGUUGUUCCAAAUGGCAGUUGCUGGGCAAAGUCUUAUGGAGAAGUCUCCUCCUAUUUUUAAUAGGACUCAUAGUUAUAAACCCAAAUUAUUGCCUUGGACCACUUUCUUUGGAUAAUCUACGAAUUCCAGGUGUGCUCCAAAGAUUGGCUUGCACUUAUUUUGUUGUUGCGACACUGGAACUGUUCUUUGCAAAACCUGUGCCUGAGAACAGUACUCUGACCUCCUACCCAGCUCUUCAAGAUAUUCUUCCUUAUUGGCCCCAGUGGCUUUUUAUGUUGGCCCUUGAAGGACUUUGGCUGUGCCUCACCUUCUUUCUGAGUGUACCUGGGUGUCCAAAAGGCUACCUUGGACCUGGUGGUAUUGGCAGUUUUGGAAACUUUCCCAACUGUACUGGAGGGGCAGCAGCUUACAUUGAUCAUUUGCUGCUAGGAGGAAAACAUAUCUAUCAACAUCCAUCUUCUAAUGUGUUGUAUCUCACUACAGUUCCCUUUGACCCUGAAGGAAUUUUAGGAACAAUAAAUUCUGUUCUUAUGGCAUUUUUAGGACUUCAGGGAGGAAAAAUUCUUUUGUUUUAUAAAGAUCAGCAUAAGCAAAUAAUUCUUCGAUUUUGUGUGUGGAGUAUAAUAAUGGGUGUCAUUUCUAUGGUGUUGACAAAAUGCUCAAAAGAUGCAGGCUUCAUUCCAAUUAACAAGAAUUUAUGGUCAAUUUCAUAUGUGACAACACUGAGCAGCUUUGCCUUUAUACUUCUGCUGUUGAUAUACUAUCUUAUAGAUGUUAAGAAGGUAUGGUCUGGUGCUCCAUUUUUCUAUCCAGGUAUGAACUCCAUUCUUGUUUAUAUAGGACAUGAAAUAUUUGAAGACUAUUUUCCUUUUAAAUGGAAACUGCAUGAUACACAAUCGCACAGCGAACAUUUGACUCAGGAUCUAAUUGCUACAUCUUUAUGGGUUAUCAUAUCAUAUAUACUCUACCGGAAAAGGAUAUUUUGGAAGAUAUAAUUCAA